UUUUCCUCUCCAGUGUAGUUGAGGAGGUUGAGGAGAUCGAGCCAGUUAUGGUGCACCCGCAGCAUCACAGCCACAAAUCGUCGGUCCUCCCCAAGCGGAUAAUCCUCGUCCGGCACGGCGAGUCCCAGGGCAACUGCACCCCGACGGCGUACACCACCACCCCCGACCCCAAGAUCCCCCUCACCCCGCACGGCAUCUCCCAGGCCCAGCAGGCCGGGGCCCGCCUCCGGGCGUUGAUCUCCUCCGGACCGAGGGACUGGCGAGUGUUCUUCUACGUGUCCCCUUACGAGCGGACGAGGUCGACGCUGCGGGAGAUCGGCCGGGCGUUCAGCCGGCGGCGGGUGAUCGGGGUGCGGGAGGAGUGCCGGGUACGGGAGCAGGACUUCGGGAACUUCCAGGUCGAGGAGCGGAUGAAGGUCGUCAAGGAGACGAGGGAGCGGUUCGGCCGCUUCUUUUACCGAUUCCCGGAGGGGGAGUCCGCCGCCGACGUCUUCGACCGCGUCUCCAGUUUCCUAGAGUCUUUAUGGAGGGACCUAGACCUGAACAGGCUCCAUCACGACCCUUCACAGGAGCUAAACCUGAUAAUUGUAUCCCAUGGCCUCACAUCCCGAGUCUUCCUCAUGAAGUGGUUCAAGUGGACAGUGGAGCAAUUUGAGCUCCUAGGUAACCUGGAGAACUGCGAGUUUCGGGUCAUGCAGCUGGGACCUGGAGGAGAGUACAGCCUAGCAAUCCACCACACGGAGGAAGAGCUGCUAGAAUGGGGACUCUCCCCCGAAAUGAUCGAAGACCAGAAGUGUCGGGCCCAUGCCGGUAAGGGUGCGUGGAGCGAGAAGUGCCCGUGGUAUAUUAAUUCUUUCUUUGACCAUUUGGCCGAUUCCGAAGAAAGUGAUGGAGAUGGAGGUGAUGAUGAUUGUUCAUGUACAUAAGUCGGCUUCGAUUUUGGGUUUGGGAAUUUUUUUGGGGAUAAUUUCUUAUAAUGAGCGGGGAUUCUUUCAUAUUUGAGCUUCAGGUGGUUGCUACGCGCUGAUACUGCUUCUCUGUUUAGUGAUGGGAUCGAGAAGAAGGCAGACUCUAGUAGUAGGCUGUGUAACAAUAUUUGUUAGGAAAUGCAUUUCAUGAAUUUCUCAUAAUGCCAAACCCUCGAAAAUUUGUGCCCAUAGAGGCUGUAAUAUUGUUGGCUUCCUUAAGAGACAUAUUCAAUGGUGUAAAUCCCAGUGUUUUCUGGUUUUUAUUGUGUC